GCAGUUUGCUUUCUAUCGUUGCUAUGCGGAGAAGAAAAUUGUUGGAGAUGAAAAUUGUUCAAGAUGGAUGUGAAAAAUGCUUUUCUUAAUGGUGACCUAGAAGAAGAAGUUUAUAUGAAACCACCUCCUAGGCUCAACCAUCCUCCAAACAAGGUAUGCCGAUUGCGCCGUGCAUUAUACAAGUUGAAGCAAUCCCCUCAAGCCCAGUAUGCAAAGUUUAGUGCUACUGUGAGUGAGUUUGGUUUUACUUCCAGUCCACAUGAUAUAGCUUUGUUCAUUCGUAAGACUGCUCAAGGUAUGGUUCUUUUACUUCUUUAUGUUGAUGACAUGAUUAUUACUGGACAUGAUGUUGUAGGUGUUGAGGAGUUAAAACAAUCUCUCAGUCAGAAAUUUGAGAUGCAAGAUCCUGGUGUUGUGAGCUAUUUUUUGGGGUUUGAAGUGACCUCUUUAGAUGAUGGCUACCUACUUUCUCAAGUAAAGUAUGCCUUCGAUCUUGUUUCUAAAGCUGAACUUAAUUAUCGUAAAAGUGUUUCUACACCUCUUGAACCUAAUGUCAAGCUUACACCUAUGGAUGGCUCUCCACUUUCUGAUCCUACUCGCUAUUGGCAAUUGGUUGAUAGUUUGGUUUAUUUUAUUACGACACGCCCUGAUAUAGCAUAUGUAGUUCACAUUGUUAGUCAGUUUUUAGCUGCUCCUCGCUCCACUCAUUAUACAGCAGUACUUCGCAUUAUUCGCUAUGUUAAGGGAACAUUAUUUCAUGGACUCCAUUUUUCUGCCAACUCCUCCCCUGUGCUUCGCGCUUACUUUGAUGCUGACUGGGUCGGUGAUCCUUCUGAUCGUAGAUCUACCAUUGGUUACUGUCUUUUCCUUGGUAGUUCUCUUAUCUCUUGGUGGAGUAAGAAACAAGCUAUUCCAUCUCGCUCUAGUACUGAAGUUGAGUAUAGAGCUCUCGGGGAUACCACAUCAGAACUUCUUUCAUUGCGGUGGCUUCUUGAAGAUAUGGGCAUUCCUCAACCUUCUUUUACUGAUUUAUAUUGUGAUAAUCAAAGUGCUAUGCAGAUUGCUCAUAAUGAUGUCUUUCAUGAACGUACUAAACACAUUGAGGUUGAUUGUCACUUUAUUUGCCAUCAUGUUACACAAGGAACUGUUGAUUUGGUUUUCAUUGGCUCCGCUAAUCAACCAACGGAUCUCUUUACCAAGACUCAUUUUCCUGGACGCUUUCGUACUCUUCUUUCUAAACUCAAGUUGGUUUUAUCACAACCACCUUGAGUUUGAGAGGGGAUGUUAAGAUGUGAACACAAUUAUAUUUAGAAUUAUUGUAAAUAUUUUAUACUUUAUAAUAUUCUCUUUGUAUACUUUAUACCUUAAAAUAUUUUCUUUGUAAACACUUAUAUAUAGGUCAUUGUACAAAUAUCAUGAUUCAAGAAAGCAAUAAACUUUCCUUCAAAUU